AUGGGUGCUGGAGCUGCUGAGUCUGAGAGUUCUCCUGGAGCUGUAACUGCUGAGGGUGUUGGCGCUGAGCCUGCCGUUGGCGGUCCGACUGACAGUGCUUCUGGUGGUGCUGCUGGAGGUGCUGCUGGAGUGGGUGCUCCUGCCGGGGCUGCUGGUGCUGGUCCUGCUGUUUCUAGCGUCGCCGCGCGGCCCCGACCGUACUUCAUUCCGCUCCUGCAGCAGGUUCUUCGUCUUACACCUCCUCCUCCUCCCUUAGAGGGUCCGCAGCCUGUCCUGUCACAGCCACAGCUACAGCCUGCCUCCCCUUUGCCUGCUCCUUCUCCCUACACUGGUCCGACUGGAGGUCUUACUGAGCGUCGUGAGCCUGCGUCUCGUCCUGUGUUGCCUGUUCGUACUGAGCGCGCUAGUGGUCGCGGGUCGCGUCAGCGUCCUCCUCCUGUCCCAGGCACGCACCGGAUGUCACUGCGUCCGUCCACUGCUCCUCUGCGUGCCCCUUUGCCUUCUCCUCCUGCUUCCUCUCUUCCUGCUCUUGCCGACCCGGAGUCGGACUCUCUUCGUGCUGCCAGCCCUACUGUCACGCGUCUCCUUGCUACUGCUGUCACUGACCCUUCCUUCGAGUCGUCUGCUGCGUCUGCCCUUGUCACUGAGCUUGUCGACUUUGCUGCGAACUGUCGUCUAGACUACGCUGCUCGUCUAUUCACUGAGUCUGAGUCCGCCUGUCCUCCGUCCGUCGGGGGUGAGUGUGCCCUUGGCACGGACGUCCUUGAGGACAGGCAGGAGGAGUUCCAGUGUCUGGCCGCCGCUUCACCUCGUCUCGCGUCUGUACUGCUAGCCCCUGAGGGAGACCCGGAUGCACCAGACAUCCCGACUCCGCGCUCUUACGCGGAGGCGAUAGAGGGUCCCUACUCCUCUCAGUGGCAGGCAGCUAUGGAUGCAGAGAUGGCUUCCUGGAAGUCCACAGGCACCUACGUUGACGCUGUUCCCCCUCCUGGGGCGAACAUCGUCAGUGGCAUGUGGAUUUUCAGGGUGAAGCGGCCGCCGGGUUCUCCGCCUGUCUUCAAGGCGCGUUACGUGGCUCGUGGCUUCAGUCAGCGGCAGGGGGUGGAUUACUUUCAGACCUUCUCCCCCACCCCGAAGAUGACCACUCUUCGGGUUCUGCUGCACGUUGCUGCUCACCGUGACUACGAGCUGCACUCUCUCGACUUCAGCACAACUUUCUUGCAGGGCAGCCUGCACGAGGAGAUCUGGCUGCGUCGCCCACCUGGCUUCACUGGGUCUUUCCCUCCUGGCACCCAGUGGAGUCUUCGGCGUCCAGUCUACGGUCUCCGCCAGGCGCCACGUGAGUGGCACGACACACUGAGGACUACGCUCGCGGCACUUGGGUUUGCUCCUUCUACUGCCGACCCGUCGCUGUUUCUGCGCACCGACACCUCUCUGCCGCCGUUCUACAUCCUCGUGUACGUCGACGACUUGGUCUUUGCCACAGCUGACACUGCUGGACUCGCCUACGUGAAGUCCGAGCUGCAGAAGAGACACACGUGCACUGACCUGGGUGAACUGCGCAGCUACCUUGGCUUGCAGAUCACCCGGGACAGAGCACGCCGCACCAUUACCCUGACUCAGUCACACAUGGUGCAGCAGGUCCUUCAGCACUUCGGCUUCACGUACUCCUCGCCUCAGGCCACUCCUCUGCCUACUCGCCACUCGCUCUCAGCUCUGCCUUCGGAUGAGUCCGUAGAGUCGAAGCACAUGGCUGCAGCGAAGAGGGUGUUGCGCUACUUGUGCAGUACGUCGGGCAUGGGGCUAGUGCUUGGAGGGCGCAGUCCAGUGGUCCUCACUGGGCACGCAGACGCUUCUUGGGCUGACGACCAGGCUACGCAGCGGUCGUCACAGGGUUACACCUUCAGCCUUGGUUCCGGCUCUGUCUCGUGGCGGGCUACCCGCUCGUCUUCUGUUCUCGGCUCCAGUUGUGAGGCUGAGAUCUACGCUGGGGCUAUGGCUGCACAGGAGUUACGCUGGCUCACCUACCUGCUGACCGACCUUGGAGAGCAGCCUCGUUCUCCUCCAGUCCUGUACGUAGACAACAAGGCCAUGCUGGCCUUGUGUCGAGAGCAGCGACUGGAGCACAGAACGAAGCAUAUUGCUCUCCGCUACUUCCUUGCUCGUGAGCUACAGCAGCGUGGACAGUUGCGACUUGCGUACGUGGCCUCUGAGGCCAACACUGCUGAUGUCUUCACCAAGGCACUUGCGCCUUGUGAUCAUCAGCGUUGUUGCACGCAGUUAGGUCUUGUGCCUGUCUUGCCUCACUUGCUCUCCUCUUGA